CACCUCUGUUGUCAUCUCAUGAAUUCAGGUUCGGACCUGGUCUCUCUCUCUCCCAAGUGGGAGGUAUAUGAACGGCCCAAUUAUGACAAAAGGAAAGAAAAUUAUAUUUGGCUUCAAUGUCCAAUAUAUCUAAGUUUGGUGGUGACUUAUGUUGGUUGAAGUGUGAGAGAGGUAUUAUAGAAAAUACUCUGCUCGUUCUCCUCCACAUAUCCAAGACUUUGGAGAUAAUGCUGGUAUCCUUGGCUAGCAUUUGGUAGUGUCGAAGCAAUCAUUCCUCGGGCUCUCCUUUCUAACUGCAUUCCUAGAAAAUAUUACCCUAAAGGCCUUUGUCUUGGCAUCCUCGUCCUCUUCAGCAGGAACUCAUCUGUCUUGGAAGAAUUAUUACCAUGUCUGCUUUUGUCAGCAAAUACGAAGGUAAGUACACUUAAUAUGCACUCUUCUCUUCGUGUUCCAGUAAUCUUCAGUUCUCCAUUUUAUGUGCUUUCUGAGUUCAGAUGAGCUGAUCAAGACGGCCAAGUACAUUGCAACGCCGGGAAGGGGCAUUUUGGCGGCAGAUGAGAGCACAGAAACCAUUGGGAAACGAUUCGCCGGAAUCAAUGUUGAGAACACUGAGUCCAACCGCCAAGCUUACCGUGAGCUCCUCUUCACUUCCCCUGGCAGUUACCCUUGCCUCUCUGGUGUUAUACUCUUCGAGGAAACCCUCUACCAGAAAACCUCUGAUGGCAAACCCUUCGUCGAUCUCCUCAUGGAGAACGGUGUUAUCCCCGGAAUCAAAGUGGACAAGGGUUUGGUUGAUCUAGCAGGGACCAACGGCGAGACCACUACUCAAGGUCUAGACUCGCUUGGUGCACGGUGUCAGCAGUAUUACGAGGCAGGAGCCCGGUUUGCUAAAUGGCGUGCAUUCUUCAAGAUUGGGGCCACCGAGCCAAGCGUUCUCUCCAUCCAAGAGGACGCCAGGGUGCUAGCCCGCUAUGCCAUCAUCUGCCAGGAGAAUGGACUUGUCCCGAUCGUCGAGCCAGAGGUGCUGACAGGUGGGAGCCACGACAUCAAGAAAUGUGCGGCGGUGACUGAGACGGUUCUUGCUGCCGUGUUCAAGGCCUUGAACUACCACCAUGUCCUCCUCGAAGGCACUCUGCUUAAACCUAACAUGGUCACUCCCGGCUCCGACAGCCCAAAGGUUGCACCGGAACUAAUUGCGGAAUACACGGUGACUGCUCUGCGCCGCACAGUCCCACCAGCUAUUCCGGGAAUCGUGUUCCUCUCAGGCAUACAGCGCGAAGAGCAAGCGACACUAAAUCUAAACGCAAUGAACAAGCUUGAUGUGUUGAAGCCAUGGACGCUCACUUUCUCUUUUGGCGGAGCCCUCCAGCAAAGUGCUAUCAAGGCUUGGGCCGGUAAGCCCGAGAACGUAGCCAAAGCUCAGGCCAAGUUCCUGACCAGGUGCAAGGCUAACAAGGACGCUACCCUCGGGAAAUACACCGGCUGGGCUUCUGGUGACUCGGCCGCUUUCGAGAACUUGGUUGUGAUAGGAUACAGGUACUAGGAUCCUUUGAGAACGGGCGUUUGCCUUUGAUGCGGUUUGAGUAGAUAUCUAAUGUUUCGUGUGUGUUUUAACUGUUUGAAUGUUCAAUUUUGCAGACUGCUAAUAAUUGUUAUUUUCCGGUUACUGUCAAACUAUCCAUGUGAAAUUCACGUUUUGAAAAGCUAAUAAUAAUGUUUUUAUUGUAUGAGAAUAAAUUUAGAAAACUAAAAAUUGUUAAGGACAUAUUACAAGAUAUCUCCUCUUUUCGCUUUGCUCUAGUGCACAUUGUUAGCCAAUUCAAACACACUUGAAGUGCUUAAUGACACUGAAAUUGAAUAUGAUCUUGUCCGGAAACACAGCGGCUGAAGCUAUCAACCUUCUUAUAAGCAAUGGGCGUACUUGAGGGAAACAUCAUAUUUUUAAACCUUGUCUCAGCCUCAAGGUGUUCAUGUGGUCUGC